GUGCGCACACUAUUUGCAUGCUACGGCUCAUUCCGUCAUAAGUCAUCGAGGAAUCCGCGCGUCUAUUUUGUUUACCAACAAAUUCGAUCCGCUAUAAAUCAGUUGUAAACAAAAAGUGCUUAGUUCAAAAUUAAUAAGUUUUUAUCCUGAACAUCUGAUCAACCAUGAAGGCUGUUAUUGGUUUUGUGAUGCUCAUGCUUGGUGCGGUGUGGACCGACAUGGCUGGCGAGUGUGACAUGGCUAGCUUCUAUACGGAGCUGGGCUGCACGCCGGUAGCCAGGGAGGAUGGUGGUCUGUGCCCUGAAGCGUUCACCUGUCCUGAUCUACAUCCAGACCCUACGAUGUGUUACUACAAAGGCGUAUCCUACGGCGACAGGUCCCCCAUACCACAAUCGCUGAUCAAGAACCCUUGUUCCCAAGCUUGCAGCUGCAGCGUGUUUUCCGGGGAGCCACAGUUCAAUUGCGCGGCCGUCGACUGUGUGGAGACGUUUGACAACGAUAUGCAGCAGCAAUGUAUCAACACUUUUGAGGUAGACUCGUGUUGCAGCGUCGGCACUGUCUGUGGUAAAGACGCGAUAGCUCAGCUGAAGACCUGCGAGGUGGAUGGCCAGACGUACCGCGAGGGUCAGACCUACCAGCCUAAGAACACGCGCAAGACGUGCGUCUGCACCGCCAACUACAAUGCGACUGACGAUGCGGCCUACUGCAGGACCAUAGACUGCGGCAUAGAGAUCCACUACCAGUCAGAUUUGGUGCAGAACUGUGCACCUGUGUUCCCCGGCAAUAUGAGAGGCUGUCCUAUUGGAUUUGAGUGCCCAUCCGAAAAGACCAAAGUAGUCCGUGGUCUCAACAUCCGCAACUUAACAGCACAAUGCGUGUUCGGUAACAGCACCCUGAUCGUGGGAGACGAGGUGACAGUCGAGGAUACCUGCACCAAGUGCACCUGCAACGUGCCUCCAUUCGUCACCUGCAUGAGGAAGAACUCCUGUGACUCUACUGUUCAGUAGCUUUGAGUAAGGGUCUUAACCUCCCCACUCAGAGACAUUUAAUGGUUACUUAAGUCAUUCAUCCAUUGGAGGAUUUGUAUGACAUUCCGUCACUAAGGAGUGACUUAAGCAAUCAUUAUUCUAAUGUCUCUGAGUGAGGAGGUUAGAAUGUCUUGUGAAGGUGAAGUUGUAUCGUAGGUGUGUUGAAAUGUGAGAUCUGGUUGACUGAUUUAAUGUUGGAGUAUAAAAGAAAUAUUGUUUUAUUGUAGCUGUUGUUUUUUGGAAAGACAUGUCACGUCGCGUCGCGGACAUGGCAACAUGUCACGUCGGUAAAAGACAUGGCACAAAUGAAACAGAUCGCUAAAUAAAAUGGUAACCAAUGUUUACAUGUAGAAAGGAAACGAAUUUUAACAAAUAUAUUAUGUUCUUUUAUUGUUUAAUAUAUGGCUUAAUACGAAGAAUAUUUAUUAAAAUUGUAAAUAAGUGGUACUUUAUACUUAAUUAAACUUAGACUUAACUUAAAAUCGAAUGUAGGAAUCACAUGACAUUUUGCUUUUACUUAAAUAAGGAUAUUUACAUUAUGUACAAGUACACAGCCUAAGAGGACCUUUGUAAAUUAAAAUUAAUAUAACAAAAAUUAAUUAUGUUUUAAAACUAUGUUGUGACGACUUAAUGAUACUUAAAAUUAAGUACUUAAUUGUAUAAUAAAAUCUUGUAUUAUAUUUAUAGUGAAUCACAUAAUAGCGAAGUUUAUUUAAAAAAUACUUAUUCAUAAUUUUAUUAUUA